AUGUCGAGUCCGAAUCCUUGGAUUUACGAACCAGAGACGGGUCGAUGGUACAUGAACUAUAAGGACGAAUGUAAUGACGCCACAGCAAAACACCCCUUGAAAGCAAAUGCUAAUUUGGAGAAAAAGAUGGACGAAAUAUUCGACAAUAUGAGCAGCAAGCAUUGCAGACAAGUUCCAAUUCCUCGUAAGGGUUUUAGCAUGCCACGAACUGCAAAAGCAUACAUUGAUCCAAGAUUCUUUCUAGGUAUCCGAAUCCGACGGUGCCCAGAACAACAGGCACAGUACCCUAUUUCUCCAGUUCAUCGAGACGUUCUUCAAGCAAAGCCCCCCACAGACGUGGCUCAGAAUCGACUCGCGAUGUCUAUCAAGAUCCAGUACAGACCCAACCACCCCGAACUUCUUCCUAUGACAAGCAUCCAAAGCAAUAUCACAGUGCAGGGGGUUAUGGGCAAACUCAAGAUACCAGGUCCUCUCAAGUGACUGGGUACACUUCGUACCUUGGCGGGUAUGAUCAAAACAUUAGUGGCCGGCAAGAUGUCCCAAAUGAUGGCUCGUCCUCUUCUUCUGGGCCAAUUGAUGCUCCUAGCAUAUCCAUUGCCAGCAGAAUGAACUCAUUGUCUCUGGAUGACCAUGACAAAACGAGGUCUGGUUAUGGAUACCCUGUACCUCUGGUUUCCGGUCCAUACACCACCACCUCUUCCUCAACGACUGCUGGAUUCACUGCGCGGGGGGCUGAUACUACACAGGCAAACACGAAUUACUCUGCUCGAGCCUCAUGCGAAUACGGAGCUCAGGAUGCGGCCGUAAAUUCUCCCCAAGAACAGACUGAAAGCCAGAGCGACACCCACCGACUUGUUACUGGUACGCCUGGAGAUGCAGAAAAGCUUGAUCCGAGAUACCAAGUACGAAACCAUGAUUAUAAAAAGUUUUUCAAGCCUGGAAGAGUUUUCAGCACACUGUGGACUGUGCCAGCUUCUGGGAUGACCAACAAAAACGAAACCUUUAUCAGUGUUGUCAAAUAUGGCGAGAAGGUUCACACCAAGAUUCGGCGUUUUGUUGUGGUCACUUUCAAACAGAGUAAUAAACGUUGUAACUGUUUACCAGUGACAUCUUAUGAAGGCCGUGGUUAUAAGAAGCCCGAUAUAGUGAGUAACAUAUAUUUCUAGUCUCAUUCACAGUGACUCAAAGGGUUUUCUGUCCCAUGCUGUGACAAACUUAUAUUAUUUCUAUUAAGAGUGCUAAUACACCUUCUUUUGCAGGAUACGGAAGAGCAUGGUCCGAUAUUCAGCACGAAAAAGCCCCCUAGGACAGAAACAGGCGUCACAAAAAAACCACUGAGGGUGAUACUCUCCAAGAACGCAGACCCUCUGAAAGAUCCAUCUCUUGUCAAUUACGGCUGUAUCUAUACAGUGGAGACAAACGUGAAAGUCAUGGAUGUAGGAGUGCUGGACUCAGAUUCGUUAGAAUACCUCCAGGAGUAUUACGCAGAAGUCAAUUUCUCUACUUCACGCUCAGCAGCAGAUACCGGUAUCCAGCAAAAAGAGCAGUAUCUUACCGGAGUUGGGUCUUCCUUUGGAGCAACUAGUCAGACAUCUCACAAUCAAGUGGACUCAACGACAACCACUAAACGUGACCGAACUGUUUCAUUCAGCGAUCCGCCGAGUAAUUCCAGCAGUACUAGUGAUACCUAUAGAGUUCCGAUUGGCCAUACAACAAGCCAGAUUGGAUAUGGCAGUACCCCUCAUAACGCACAAUUGCGACCUGAAUCAACUUCAAUGACUUCGAGCUCAACAUAUCCGCUUCCUUCUAAUGUUCAAUAUGGUAUCACUCCACACACUUCCACUGAUAAUCGGUAUUCGACCACUAAUAACCCAUCGGCAACAGUCACGUAUUCUUCAACGGCAGGACUGGGAAGUAAUCCAAGAUUCUCUCCCACGAGCGAAACUUCUGGGUACAAUUAUACCACCCAACCUCAAAGCAAUUCUAAUGUUUCUACCACGCCUCAUUCGAGAAGCGGCUAUGGGGAUAAUAGAACCUCCUACCAGUCAAUGGGGACCAACCCGUCUUCAUAUCAAAUGGUUCCCCAAUCAACUGGGCAAGGCUAUUCGACAUCUUACUCCACAAAUCCUCGGUCACCCGCAGGCGACUCUACAUAUUCUUAUAGUCUGUCUCCUCCUGCUGGCUCCGGUUCUUAUUCAUCACGAGUCCCACCACCUCAGUAUUCCUAUGGAGACUCUGUCUACGCCAGAAAUGAAGAUGACGAGGAUAUUGAGCUUCCUACACGUGGUGAAAUAGAAGCAUCCAGACAACACCGGUCUCGUCGUGAGAGCGUGAGCAGACCAUCACGGCAUGACAAAGGUGGCAGCAGUCGACACCACGAUCGGAGUGAUCGAGAUAGGAAGGAACGGAAGAAAUGA